AUGCUAAUGCUAUUUGCCUUAAGUUAAAACAUUUGAUAAAUGUUGCUCUUGAUGUACUGUGAUGUGAAAGUUGAACUGAAUUUAACAGACAGAUCACUGGUAAAGUGUGAAUUGUGCUCUAUUUUUACACACGGAAGAAUCUGCAUCCUCUUCCAAUGACCCGGCACCAAUUAAAAUCUGUAAAAGGUCCAUUAGCACAAACAAGAGCGGCUGUAGAGAGUCAAACACUGCUGAGUUUACAUUACAGUGAGUUUAGUUUGAAGGUAGGUGCGAAGGCAGUCAGGAGUGAAUUGCAUCUGACCAUGUGUGAUUGUUUAAUUCAUUAUAUGCCUAAAUGUUUGAGUCAGUUGUAAGUAACUAACUGAGUUGCACGGAUUUACAACUAUACAGGUGGAGAAAAAUGACUGUGGAUCAGUCCAUAAUAUUUUAAAUAUUGAAUAGCUCAAUGAUCCACAAGUUAUCAUACCCACUUAUUGCAGAGAAAGCAGAUUUUAGUAGGACUUUUAUACAGAAUCUUUGGAACGAGCCACCUUAAUUCACUCUGGAGAUUUGCUAAAAAAAUUGCGAUGCAUCAUGUUGGACUCGGACUGUGACUUUCUGAAUCCGACUCUAAUUGAAUCGUGAGGUCUUUAAAUGCUAAACUAUUUUAAAAGACUUGUGGAUGUGCCCUGUGGUUUCCAUUUUGGGUUCAACCAAUUUCACCCACGCCCAGUUAAACCGUUCAUUCUGGCAGGUUCUACACUUUGACUGUAAUGACCGGUCAUUAGGUAAAAGCUUAGUUAUUUCCCACCCUCAUAUUCGUACCAAAGAGUUUGCUGUUUGUGGCUGUGACCACUUGCACUUGCACUUUUGUGUUUGUAAAAUCAACAGCAGAUACUCGCUCCACAAAAUUAAACCUUAAAAAUCUGCACUGUGCUUUCUAAUUAAGGCAAAAAGCUAAUUAAAAAAAUAUAUAAAUAUGAUUUCUGUGAUGCAAAGCUGAAUUUUCUGCAUCAUUCUAAUAUGCUGAUUUAUUAUCAAUGUUGGAAAGAGUUGUGCCACUUAAUAUUUAUUGGAAAUAAUUUUUUUUUUUUUUCAGGGUUCUUUGAAUAAAAAGUUAACGAACAGCACUUAUUAUAAAGAUACAUUUUUUUUCUAACAAUAUAAGUUUUUAUCACUUUUAAUCAAUUUAACACAUCCUUGCUCAAUAAAAGUAUUAAUUUCCUUCAAAUAAAACUACUGACCCCAAAUUUUUGAACAGCAGUGUAUACUUAUAAGUUGAAUCGGUUUCUAUAUAAAAUAUAUUUUCUUGUCAUACUCUUGUUUUUCACCAGCAAAAAAGCUCUGCAGCUGUUUCUUGACCCAUUUGUGGUUAAGCACCAAAGAACUGACUUGGCUCAGUAUUCAGUGUUAGUCCUCAAUAGUUUCGCUCGACAAUGGCAGCAUUUCUGGUGUUUAUGCUGCUGACUCUGUCGUCCUUCUGUUCUCCCACGCGAGCCGAAAUCUUCACCUCGAUCAGCCAAAUGACAGACCUGAUAUUUACAGAGAGGGAGCUUGUCCAAUCCCUGAAAGAAUACAUUGAAGCAGAAGAGAUGAAACUUGAAGCUGUGAAGAGCUGGGCUAAUAAACUGGAUAUGUUGACACGUUUGUCCACGUCGGACCCUGAAGGCUUCCUGGCUCACCCGGUGAACGCCUACAAGCUGAUGAAGAGACUCAACACCGAGUGGUCCGAGUUAGAGAGUCUGGUGCUGCAGGACCCGUCAGAUGGCUUCAUAUCAAACAUGUCUGUGCACAGACAGUCUUUCCCCGAUGAGGAGGAUGAGAAGGGAGCUGCCAAAGCUCUCAUGCGUUUGCAGGACACGUAUAAACUGGACUCGGAAAGUUUCUCCAAAGGCAAACUGCCAGGUCAGAGGCAGUACUCCGGGGUUCGCUACAACGCUGAGCUGACCGUGGAUGACUGCUUCGACAUGGGGAAACUGGCCUACAAUGAGAAUGACUAUUAUCAUUCAGUGCUGUGGAUGCAGCAGGCGCUCAGACAGAUGGACUCGGGAGAAGACGCCAAGACGGCCAAAGCCGAUAUUUUGGAUUAUCUUAGUUACUCAGUCUAUCAGAUGGGUGACCUGCCACGAGCCAUCGAACUCACUCAACGCUUGGUGGCCAUUGAUCCCAGCCACCAGAGGGCAGGAGGAAACCUGCGCUACUUUGAGCAACUGCUGUCUAAGGAGCUGAGGGACCGGGGUCGGAGCCAGCAGGAGCCCGCGGAUGAGAGGCCCAUUCAGCUGGACACUUAUGAGCGGCCCAAAGACUACCUGCCCGAGAGAGAGGUGUACGAGGCCCUCUGCAGGGGAGAGGGAGUCAAAAUGACUUCAAAGAGGCGUAGCCGACUGUUCUGCCGUUAUCAGGAUGGCAGCAGGAACCCGCGUCUGCUGCUCAAGCCGAUGAAGGAGGAGGACGAGUGGGACAGUCCUCAUAUCGUUCGCUUUCUGGAGGCCCUCUCCGAUGAAGAGAUAGGGAAGAUCAAGGAGCUGGCCAAGCCUAAGCUUGCGAGAGCCACAGUGAGAGACCCAAAAACAGGCGUUCUGACGGUCGCGCAUUACAGAGUUUCCAAAAGCGCGUGGUUAGAAGGGGAAGACGAUCCAGUGAUCGCGCGGGUCAAUCAGAGAAUAGAGGACAUCACCGGAUUAACUGUAGACACUGCAGAACUUCUACAGGUGGCUAACUAUGGCGUCGGAGGUCAAUAUGAACCACAUUAUGAUUUCUCAAGGAAAGAUGAACCUGAUGCUUUCAAAUCAUUAGGCACUGGAAAUCGUGUGGCUACUUUUUUAAAUUAUAUGAGUGAUGUUGAGGCUGGUGGGGCGACUGUUUUCCCUGAUUUUGGUGCCGCUAUUUGGCCUAGAAAGGGAACGGCGGUGUUCUGGUACAACCUCUUUAAGAGCGGAGAAGGAGACUACAGAACGAGACAUGCAGCCUGUCCUGUUCUAGUAGGCAGUAAAUGGGUUUCAAACAAAUGGAUCCAUGAGAGAGGUCAGGAGUUCAGACGCCCGUGUGGCCUGACUGAAGUGGACUGAUCUUGAGCUCGGUUCUAGCCGCAGUGCCUCGACUCUGCAAACACAGCCACAAUCAAACACCCCAGACGCCUCGAGAACGUACAUGAGUUCCAGUCAGGAAUAACUGCUGUGAGACACGGGCAGGCUGGGGUUGGUGAGCCGUUCUGUGUGUGGGGGAUUUCCCUGUUAAUUGGAGUGCUGUCAUUUACCCUUUGGCAGAUUAAACUGGAGUAUCGUGUCAUAUCAGAAAUGUCAUUGUGUUCAUAUAAUGCAUAAAUUAUUGUCCUGUUCUUCAGUGUUUGUUUUAUAUUCUUACAUUGUUUGCAAUAAAAAUGUCUAAAUGUGAAGUCGUGUUUCUU